CACUCCACUUGGAAUUUGGAAAACUUGGCCAACUCUUAUCCACAGCUCUUUUCUGUUGGAUCAACCUCUUCUUCUUUUCUCUUCUCUUAGCUUCUCUGGAUAAUCAAGAACUAUAAGAACAACAAAGAAGAGCAGAGCAACGAAUCAUUCUGAGAGCCACUUGAGGGGAUCAAAGAUGUCUUUAGCGUCUUCUUCAAUUCCCUGUGUUAAAAUCUCAAGUUCUUCCUAUUCUUCCUCUUCGACUACGACCUGCUCUUCAUCAUCGUCCUCUUCUUCUUCUUCUUCCAUCAAAUUCUCUGCCACUAAGCCUUCCAUUACCAUAAGGAAUUCAAAUGCUGAAGGCCCAAUUCGAAGACCAGUUGCCCCUUCUCUGAGACAACCCUCUGCUCCUGUGAUACCCAUUCCUCAAUCUCCAUCUCCAUCUCAAUCUCCGUCUCCUCCCUCUCCACCUUCAGCCCCUUCAAAGCCGGUUUCUGUGGCUGGGGUCUCGCAAGUAUCGGAUCCUAAUGUAAUCACUAUGGAGUUUCAGAGGAAGAUGGCCAAAGAGCUUCAGGAGUAUUUUCGGCAGAAGAAGCUCGAAAAAGCGGACCAAGGACCUUUCUUUGGAUUCAUUGGGAAGAACGAAAUUGCUAAUGGCAGAUGGGCCAUGUUUGGUUUUGCUGUUGGGCUGCUAACAGAGUACGCAACAGGUUCAGAUUUUGUUGAUCAAGUGAAGAUCCUUUUCUCCAAUUUUGGGAUAUUAGAUCUGGAUUGAUUCUUGUGCUUGAUCAUCAUCACUGUCAUUCCCUUCUCAUUGUCGUAAUUGUUGUAAUCAUAUUCAAUCUAUGUUCUGUAAUCUUCUAGUGACUCACUGUAACUUCACUGGAUUUGAUGAAUAUCUUAAAAUGUAUCUUCACUAUUCAUUUGUCCUUGUACUAUCUGGGCAUGGAACCUUCAUUACAACAAACUACACCAUCGAAGGUAGAAUGAUUUGUUCAA